AUGUUUAGCAAGUUUGAAUUUGAUGGGAAACUGAAUCCCACUUUUGUGGAAGGGGCAUUUAACCUCCCAUUAUCAAGCAUACGAGCAUAUCUAAAAAAGCCUAUAACUCCCAGGUUCGUACACUUAGGUUCUGCAGGAGUUACCCAACCUGACAGGCAUGGACUUGAUCUAAGUAAACAACCUCCUACUGUUCGCUUAAACAAGGAAUUGGAUUUUAUACUGACAUUCAAGUUGAAGCUCUUUCGAUUUUGCACAUUGAUAAGUUUUGGAGCAUGGGGAGGAUUUAAUACGGAAAGUGGAAUACCAUAUACAAUUGUGAGGCCUUGUGCAUUAACUGAGGAGCCUGCCGGAGUAGAUCUCAUUUUUGACCAAGGAGACAAUAUAACGGUGUAUAAUCAAAUAGAAGAUCACUAUUCUCUCUUUGUUGGUAAGAUAUCAAGAGAGGAGGUUGCUCAGAUUUGUGUUGCUGCAUUGGAAAGCCCCUAUGCAUCUGGCAAGACAUUUGAGGUCACAGCCCGACUUAUGUCCCUCAAUUGUGUGCUGCGUGCUAUGGCUGUAAUUUGCUAUUUUUGGAAGUUUAUAUGCGAAACGUAUAGCCGUGGGGCUAUACUGUUUAAAUGCUGCCAUAUAUGCGGCGAAGAGUAUAGCCGGGCGGCUAUACGGUUUAAAUACUUUAAUGCAUGCAAGGAGUAUAGCCACGGGGCUAUACGGUAA